AUGGUGGAUGGUGCAAAAGAAAAGGCUAUAAUAAUAAUCACGUACCGGAUCCCGUUGUUAAGUCGAACCUCUGUGGGUUAUUUAUCACCACUUAAGGGUCAAGAACCUGCCAGGAGUUUCAAGGAUCGAACCUGCGGAAUCGGUAACCAACUCUGUAUGGUGAGGUGCAAGUGUCUUGCUCUUCUGUAUCUUUCUUUUGAUGCUCACUUUAUUUUUUGUAUUGUUCUGCUGUAUGCUGUGCUGCGGAGACGAAGAGCUGACCUCAUUCUUUUCUUUUCCUUGUUGCCUCUCUCCCCCCCCCCCUCUCCCUUUGCUAUGUCUCUUCAUUCCCGCAAGAUGCGCCUAUCAUCUCGACAGCCUCCGGCCGCAUCGAAGUACAAAACAAAACCGAAGGCAAGGCAAGGGUCCGUGAAAGGCAAGAAACGAUUCGUUUGGGGAAGCGCUCUCGGAAAAGCGUACGCGCAUAUAAAUGCACUGGACCACUGUGUUGUAAGCAUAUAUAUAAAUUCAAUAUAG